AUGAGGUUAUCGUGCUUAGUUUUAACUUUAAUUUGUGGACUGAAGUCAAAUUUUUUAGUGCCUGUUAAGGCCAAUGACUUUUCCUCGUUUCUUAGCGCUAAUGCCUCUUUGGCCGUCGUGGUGGAUUACGAAUACAUGGCCACGCAUAGACAAAAUAUUAUGGCCCAUUUUCAAAAAAUUCUCAGUGAUAUUAUACGCGAAAAUAUGAAAAAUGGUGGCAUUAAUGUGCGCUACUUUACUUGGAGUUCCAUUAAAAUUAAAAAAGACUUCCUGGCUGCCAUUACGGUUACGGAUUGUGAGAACACCUGGAAUUUUUAUAAAACCACACAGAAAACAUCGGUGCUAUUAAUUGCAAUAACAGAUUCAGACUGUCCUCGAUUGCCAUCAAAUCGAGCUCUAAUGAUACCCAUGGUAGAUCAUGGCGAUGAGUUCCCCCAGAUUGUACUCGAUGCAAAGGUGCAAAACAUUUUCAAGUGGAAAGCAGUUGUUGUAUUAGUCGAUCAAUCCAUACUCGAGAACAAUCCGAUGUUGGUCAAGUCUAUAGUACAUGAGAGCACCACAAAUCAUAUAACACCUAUUUCGGUAAUUCUCUACAAGAUUGAUGAAAGUUUGCGUGGUCAGAAGAAGCGUGCUUAUCUACGCCAAGCCUUAACACAAUUUGCGCCUUCUAAACAUGAACUGAAACGUCAGAAUUUCCUAGUCAUUUCCAAGUUCCAUGAGGAUAUCAUAGAGAUAGCCGAGACCUUAAGUAUGUUCCAUGUCAAUAAUCAAUGGAUGUUCUUUGUUCUGGAGGAAAUAAGUGGCGAUUUUGAUGCCAACUCAGUGACCAUUAAUCUCGAUGAAGGCGCCAACAUUGCAUUUGCUCUAAACGAAACUUUGCCCAAUUGUGUGGACACGCUGAACUGCACCAUAGCUGAGGUAUCGAUGGCCCUGGUGACAUCGUUAUCCCGCAUGAUACUGGAGGAACAAUCCAUAUAUGGGGAAAUAUCCGACGAGGAAUGGGAAUCGAUACGUUUUACCAAGCAGGAAAAGCAAGAUGAAAUGCUAGAGUACAUGAAGGAAUAUCUUAAGGAAAACAGCAAGUGUGCCAGUUGUGCCAGAUGGCGUUUUGAAACCGCCAUUACCUGGGGAAAAAGUCAGGAGAAUCGUAAAUAUCGUUUGGCGCCCACCCGCGAUGCCAAGAAUCGUAACUUUGAGUUCCUAAACAUUGGUUACUGGAGUCCAUUAUUAGGAUUCAUUUGCCAGGAAUUAACGUUUCCCCACAUAGAGCAUCAUUUUCGUAAUAUCACGAUGGACAUAGUGACCGUGCAUAAUCCGCCCUGGCAAAUACUAACCAAGGACAGUCGUGGCGUUAUUGUCCAGCACAAGGGAAUCGUAAUGGAAAUCCUCAAGGAACUGAGUCGGGCUCUAAACUUUAGCUACUAUCUGCAUGAGGCGACUUCUCCGGAUUACGAGAAUUCUCUUCUGAGCACAAAUGAGAGUGAUGAACUUAUGGGAUCGAUGACCUAUCGCAUUCCCUAUCGUGUCGUGGAACUGGUCCAGGACAAUGAGUACUUCAUGGCCGCCGUGGCAGCCACCAUCGAUGAGCCCACCAAGAAGCGCUUCAACUACACCCAACCAAUAAGUGUCCAGAAGUACACUUUUAUAUUGCGUCAACCGGAUGAGGUUAGUCGCAUUUAUCUGUUUACGGCUCCAUUUACUCUGGAGACUUGGGCCUGUCUGGCGGGAAUCAUCUUGAUAACAGCACCCAUGCUGUACACCGUUAACCGCCUGGUUCCGCUGCAGGAACUCCGAAUCAGGGGACUUUCGACCGUUAAGAGCUGUUUCUGGUACAUCUAUGGAGCGCUGCUGCAACAAGGUGGACUUUAUCUACCACGUGCGGACAGCGGUCGUUUGGUUGUGGGCUUCUGGUGGAUCGUGGUCAUUGUGCUGGUUACCACCUAUUGCGGUAAUCUGGUUGCUUUCCUUACAUUCCCCAAGUUCCAGCCUGGCAUUGAUUACCUUAGCCAGCUGUUUGGGCACAAGGAAAUCGAGCAGUAUGGACUACGCAAUGGCACUUUCUUUGAGAAGUACGUGGAGACCACAACCCGUACGGAAUUCAAGCGUUUCAUCGAUCGCGCUUCAAUUUACAAUACCGCCCAGGGCGAGAAUAUUGAGGCUGUAAAACAGGGUGAUCGCAUUAACAUUGAUUGGCGCAUUAAUCUGCAACUGAUUGUGCAGCAACACUUUGAGCUGGACAAGGAGUGUAGAUUUGCCCUGGGCAAGGAAGACUUUGUGGAUGAGCAAAUUGGACUAAUUGUGCCUGCGAGUAGCGCCUAUUUGCAUUUGAUUAACCAGCACAUUGAUCGACUGUUUCGCAUGGGAUUCAUCGAUCGUUGGCAUAAGACCAAUCUGCCAUCGAUGGACAAGUGCAAUGUGAAGAAUGUGCAGCGACAGAUUACCAAUCACAAGGUAAACAUGGAUGACAUGCAAGGCUGUUUCAUGGUCCUCCUGUUUGGCAUCAUUGCGGCGCUGCUUGUGACCUGCAUCGAGUUCUGGUAUCAUCGCCUCUUCGUAGUUAACCGACAGCGAAAGAGUAUAGUGUUUGCCAAUUGAGAAAUACAUGAGUCGCCUCGGUUUACAACUUGACGUGUGUAAAAUACGUUGUUUAAUUGUUGUUUACUAUAUGAACAUUAUUUUGCAAUAAAAAUAGCUCGGCUUCUGUUUAUCAGAUCUUCUUCAUUGCUUCAACUGAUCAUUCCACUCUUAACGUCUUUACGUCGAGUU